UCGGUUGGAGUGGGGAAGAAAGAAAAGUAAAUAAAGGUUGAAUGAGAGAAAAGUAAAAGCAUACCUUUCUUGAAUCUUGACCUUGGGAUACCUUUACUUUUAUUCUUCUUCAUUCAUUCAUUCACUUGAAAACACUGUUGUAUUUCUUCCUCCUCUGUCCUCUGUCUCUGUCUCUGUAGCCAAGCCAUGUGUGUGAUUUCAGAAGAAGCCAUCACUCAGUUUGAAGCUUUAAUGGAGCAAGUUGAUGAAGCACUCAAAACUACUUUUCAGAAUAUUCAUCAAGGCUUUCCAAGAGACACAUAUCUACGAUUCCUAAAAGCAAGAGAGGGAAAUGUUGCAAAUGCUCAUAAAAUGUUGGUUGAUUCUUCGACGUGGAGGAUACAAAAUGAGAUAGAUGAUAUUUUAGCGAAACCUAUCAUUCCUACUGAACUUUACAGAGCAAUUCGCGAUUCUCAACUAAUAGGAAUGCCAGGUUACACAAGAGAGGGCCUUCCGGUAUUUGCUUUUGGUGCAGGACUCAGCACAUAUGAUAAAGCAUCUGUUCAUUAUUAUGUGCAAUCACACAUUCAGAUUAAUGAAUAUCGCGAUCGCGUGGUUCUGCCUGCUGUAACUAAGAAGUAUGGGAAACAUAUCAGCAAAUCACUGAAGGUUUUAGAUAUGACUGGCUUGAAACUUUCAGCUCUAAACCAAAUAAAGCUAUUGACUAUAAUUUCCUCCAUCGAUGACCUAAAUUACCCGGAGAAAGUAGUUUCAUACUACAUUGUGAAUGCUCCCUAUAUCUUUUCAGCUUGUUGGAAGGUAGUCAAACCUCUUCUGCAGGAGAGAACCAGAAAAAAGGUUCAAGUUUUAUCAGGUUGUGGACAGAAUGAUCUGUUGAAGAUCAUGGACUAUUCGUCACUGCCCCAUUUUUGCCGGAGAGAAGGUUCUGGAUCUUCCAGAUACUCAGGCAGCUCGAAUGAAAAUUGUUAUUCCUUGGAUCAUCCGUUCCACCAGCAACUUUAUAAUUACAUAAAGCAGCAGGCAUUGCUUCGUAGACCUCUUCGGCCUGUUAAACAGGGCUCUGUCCAUGUGGAUUUUCCUGAUGCUGUCACCGAGGGGACUGAGUUUGUUCAGACGUUGGAAUCAGAAUUUCAAAAGUUCGGAAAGCAAAAUGGGCUUGCUCAAUCACUAGAUGACCUUAAUAUCAAUGAUCAUCGAGCAUAGAAAGUUGAGGUCCAAUAACAUUCUAUAAUAAGAGUCAUUAUGCACUUCACCAGCUGACAAUUCUGGAUCCUCAUGCAAGUAUAGUAUUAAUAGCUCGAGCAGUAUAGCAGAGGUCCUCUUCUAAUUAGAAGUCUCACUCAAAUUUUAUAUGUUAUAGUUGCACGAGGUGCAUUUUCAAUAUAAAAUUACCAAGUAUAUAUAGGGGAUACACGGUUGACAUUUAUUAUUGUUAUGUUAUGUUAGAUGUACAGAGGUAUAUGUUGCUCGAGCUCUUAUUAGUUAUCACAUGUAUUAAUAAGAGUAAUACUAUUUAUGUAUCUCUGAUGCUGACCCUUUUAUGUAUUGACUUUAUGAUAUAAAUAAUGUCCAGCACAAUCCUGAAAGCUGGUUUGAGGAGA